GAUUGUGGAACCAUUGAAACCAGAUGUGACCAAGGCAAGGGAUACAUGUUUGUCGCAGAAGUCAUUUCAAACGUGCCUUCUCAAACUCCUGUCAAAUGGAAGCUCGUGUAUUCGCGCUCGUGUCCUGCGUUUGGCUACUCUUUUGCUAAGCUGUUGUGCUGGCUGGGGAGCGACGGUGAUGCAGGCGGUUCUUGAGGAAAAAGGCGAGAAUAUCGUUGGUGUUGUCUUCAGUGUGAUUUCCAUUACAAGGGCAGAAGCUACUGAUGAAAACCGCAGAGAGACUGUAAACAUAUUGGUGGGAUGCUUCCGUGUUCUUAAUCUGGUUAUGUUUUGUGACGAGAAUGCAAAGAAAACGGUCACUCUUUUUGCAAGAAACAGUCCAGUUUCUUUGAUGGAGCUUUUGCGAACGUUUACUGAGGAUAAUCUUGUUGUACAGAUUUUGGAAACCUGUGAUCGAGUGGCGGAUGACGAGAACCUAGCUCAACAGUGGGCCAGUGAUCGAUCAUUAAUUGAUGCGAAUGCUAACAGCUCUCAUCCAGAGAUUGCUCGCGCAGCACAGUCAUUGGUGUCAAAGUUAAGUGUGGUCAACUCGGAUUUCGAGCCAUUAGCGGGCGUAUUUGCCUCGAUGGGUACCGAAGGGUUUUCUAUGGAGAUGUAG